CUCACAAUGUGAAUGUUUAUAUGGUUUGACAGCGCGUUGUUGAGUGGAAAUUUUGUGUUUUUAUUGUCAAAUUAUCUAUUUUCCUUUUAUAAAAAACACUCCAACUGAACACACAAAUCCAUCUUCCCCCACAACAAGUCCCUGUGGAAGAGAAAUGCUAGGGAAAAACGGAGCGUCUACAUCGAAAGGGCGAACUCUAUGUGGAAAGUCAAUUUCUGUUCCAUCCCCGGAAUCCGGAUGUUUAUUGCCCCAUCUCAAGACACAGGACAACAGCAAGAUACUGCCGAAACUGCACGCAGCUUUAGCGCGACCGCAAGACUCAUAUCUGCCCACUGAGGAUCUGGACAGUGUGCAACUGGAGUUGGAGAAUCUCCUGUCCACUGUCGCCCUGCGCUAUCGUCACCUGAAGGCUGAGUACGAGACGCUGGAUAAGGCGGAGGAGCGCAAGAAGGGCAAGUUCAUGGACAAGGCACCGGCGUCACCGGGUAAGCGCAAGAAGUUCGACGACAAGUCCAAACGCGAUGGCCAGGCGAAGAUGUUUGGCGGCCAGACGAAGAUGAUCUCGAAGCUGAAGCCACAGAACUCACCGGCGCCAUCCCAGCACACGGACGACAGCAUGGAUGGCAUGUCGUACCAGAAGGACAAUCCAAAGCUCACGUUGCCGCGCAACGACACACCCAACAAGUUCUGGCUCUCCGUGGAGCCGUACUGCAUGCCGCUCACGCACGAGGACAUCCGGCUGCUGGACGAUCUCAUCGAAGAGUACUCAGACAACCUCAUCCCGCCCAUCCCGGAGCUCGGGCCGCACUUCACGGAGCAGUGGUCAAUCGACGACCUCAAGGAUGAGCACUUCAACAAGAACAAGUCCAGACUCGCGCCCGGAAUCGUGCGAAAGAACGAGAGGCCCAUGGGCGACAAUGUCACGGGGCCGCUGACUCAAAGGCUCGUGUCUGCGCUCAUGGAGGAGAAUCUCAUACCGGACAAUGUGACUACGAGCGCGGAGAACAGCAACAGUGGUUCUGACAACACAUCCUCGGACUUUGCCAGCAAUCGUAGCUCUUUGCCGCCACUGAAGAAUGGCAUCUGCAUCGAGAGGCGCGUACGGAAGGAGUUAAUUGAGCAGGGAAUUCUCGAUCCGGACGACUUUUCGCGCGACGACGAGAUUCUGUCUGAGAUAAAGCGAGUGCGCACGGAAUUGUCUGCCAUUGCGGAGUACAACAGUAAUGAGCUGAAGAAGUUGUACACUCUGGCCAAAGAUGAGAUGCGACGUCUGGAGCUGAAGAGGAAGCUGGACUCUGUGGACCAAGAGAUAAUUGAAACGUACAAAAAGGUCGUUGCGGCGAAACAGAAGCGCCGAGAACUCACAAAGCAGGAGCGUGAUGAAAUCUUUCGUCUGACGGAGGAGCAGAAGAAGCUGUCUGACCAAUUGGAGGCGAUGUUGGCGCCAAGAUUGAAUGCCAAUUGACAAUGAUUGGCGCGCGCGGCGAAGAAAACCAUUUGAAUUUUUAUUACAAACUACUCAACCUCAAUAAUAAUAAUAAGCUCUGCAAAUGCAUAUCUUUUUGCCUUUAACUUUCAAAUGAUCAUCUCUCUCUGUAAUCGAAGAUGGUCUUUCUCAAUGUGUGCGCGCGCGAAGACGUCUUUUUCGCUUUAUUCAAUCACCAUUAAUAAAUUGACAAGGUUCCAAACGAACGAGACGCACCUUUGCAAGACCCACAAAGAGACGAAAAAUUAGCAUAAUUAUGUGAAGUUGAAGUUGCAUUAGAUAAUAUCUUCUGUAUAAAAUGUACCGACGCAUCGCGCAUUUCGCUCAGUUCUCAGUUUUGGACUUUAGUGCGUAGAUCACAGAAUAUGGUAAUAAUUUUAUAGUGGCAAUUAUUAGGAAGAACAUUAGAAAAUUGUGUGUUUCUAUUGUGGAGGCUUUCUCAUCGUUGACUACUUGAGGAGGAAAAUACUAUAUAAUUAUAUGUGUAAAUACACAAAGAAGACAGAAUAAAAAACAGAAAUUAUUCAUUACUUAUCAAAAUAUUGUAAAAUAUUACUUGGAGAAAUUGUGAGAAGGAUUUUUGUCGAGUGCUGCAACAAGUGCAUUUUCCCUUUUUUCUGUGCUCUUUUACACUAAUUAAAGAUUCCUAAUUUCUUCAGUCGUAAAUCCUAUAAAAUUUUACUUCAAAUUGCAUCUUUUUGAGUGUGUUCUGUCGUUUUUUUUUAUACAGGAAAAUCUCCCACAAAAACAUUAAAAUCAUAAAACUAUGAAAUACUUUGGAUAUUUUUAAUUCUGCAUUCUUUCACAAUUAUGAAAGUCGCUUUUAGGAUCUACAAGGUUCUAUUUAGUAUCAAAUUUUAGUAGUUUUCUCUUAUAACAGUGAGAUUUUUCAGUGGAAGCAAGCAUUUUUCAGAACUCCGUUCACUAAUAUUCAUAUUUUAUCUUCUCGAUUUCCUCAAUAAAUCCCAAACAUAGAUUUUUAUUCAAAGGAUGACGACUCUCUCGUGUUUUUUUUGUGCGAAUUCUCCUCGAGAUCAUUUAAUACCCAUUAUUAUGAUAUCGAUGAUAUUUUUCAAUUUGCAUUUGUGCUAAAAGACAGAAGCGGUUGU